AUGCGCACCGCAAGGCCCAACCACCCCAGAAAUGCGCACCACAAGGCCCAGCCACCUCAGAAAUGCGCCACCACAAGCCACCAGCCCACCUCAGAAAUGGGGCACCGCAAUGUCAACCACCUCAGAAAUGCGCACCACAAGCCCAGCCACCUUCAUGAAAUGCGCACCGCAAGGCCCAACCCCUCAGAAAUGCGCACCACAAGGCCCAGCCUCAGAAAUGCGCACCGCAAGGUCCAAACCACCUCAGAAAAUUGCGGCACCACAAGGCCCAGCCACCUCAGAAAUGCGCACCGCAAGGCCCAACCACCUCAGAAAUGCGCACCCACAAGGCCAGCCACCUUCAGAAAUGCGCACCGCAAGGUCCAACCACCUCAGAAAUGCGCACCACAAGGCCCAGCCACCUCAGGAAUGCGCACCGCAAGGCCCAACCACUCAGAAAUGCGCACCACCAAGGCUCCAGCCACCUCAGAAAUGCGCACCACAAGGCCCAACCACCUCAGAAAUGCGCACCCACAAGGCCCAGCCACCUCAGGAAAUGGCACCCACAAGGGAAAUGCCCACCACAAGGCCCAACCACCUCAGAAAUGCGCGCACCACAAGGCCAGCCACCUCAGAAAUGGCGCACCACAAGGGCCACCCAGAAAUGCGCACCACCUCACCUCGAAAUGCCAGAAAACCACAAGGCCCAACCACCUCAGAAAUGCGCACCCCAACGCCCAACCACCUCAGAAAUGCGCACCACAAGGCCCAGCCACCUCAGAAAUGCGCACCACAAGGCCCAACCACCUCAGAAAUGCGCCCACAAAGGCCCAACCACCUCAGAAAUGCGCACACAAGGCCCAACCACCUCAGAAAUGGCGCACCACAAAGCCCAGCCACCUCAGAAAUGCGCCACCACAAGGCCCAGCACCCUCAGAAAAUGCGCACCACAAAUGCGCUCAGAAAUGCGCACCACAAGGCCCAGCCACCUCAGAAAUGCGCACCACAAGGCCCAGCCACCUCAGAAAUGCGCGCCCCAACCACCUCAGAAAAAUGCGCGACGCCAAAACCACCUCAGAAAUGCGCACCACAACGCCCAACCACCUCAGAAAUGCGCACCGCAAGGCCCAGCCACCUCAGAAAUGCGCACCACAAGGCCCAGCCACCUCAGAAAUCCAACCACAACGCACCACAACCACCUCCAGAAAUGCGCACCACAAGGCCCCCAUCCUCAGAAAUGCCCAACCACCUCAGAAAUGCGCACCCAAGUCCAACCACUCAGAAAUGCGCACCACAGGCCCACACCUCAGAAAUGCCACAACAACACCUCAGAAAUGCGCGACCACAACGCCCAACCACCUCAGAAAUGCGCACCACAACGCCCAACACCUCAAAAUGCGCACACAAGGCCCCAACCACCUCAGAAAUGCGCACCACAAGGCCCAGCCACCUCAGAAAUGCGCACCACAAGGCCCAACCACCUCAGAAAUGCGCACCACAAGGCCCAACCACCUCAGAAAUGCGCACCGCAAGGCCCAGCCACCUCAGAAAUGCGCACCACAAGGUCCCAGCAAAAAGGUCGAGGCAAACUUACUUUACAUGUACACUGUGUGCGGCAGUCCAGAUUGA